AAUGACACGUAUUUCAAGUAUACUCCUACUCUCGCUUAUGCUUGUCUCCACAUAGGCUUACUUUUAAGAUAAAGAACAUAGAGAAGAGGCUAAGUCAUUCUUUUUGAAUUUUGUUAAGGAAUUCACAAAUUAAUAUACCGCUAUUUCAGCUGAGGGUUUGGAUUAUAUGGGAGCUAUGAAAUUGGCUUUAGAUUAUUGGAUUACAAAAAUAAGAAUUCAUAAUUUUGCUGAAUUAAAAGUAUAUAAAUAAGUAAAUAAACUAAGGUUGAUUAUGAUGUUAAUCAUGAUAUUUUAGAAAUAUCAGCACCUACUUUUAAUAUUGAUCUAAUAAUAGAAAAUAAAUACACUAUCCCUAUAAAAAUAGAAGAGUAUUUAAAAUAAAUAUAUAUUUUUAGUUUGUUUAUCUCAAUUAUAUUUAAUAUUGGUCCAACACAUUUUAGAUGUGCAGAAGUAGAAAUUGAUUAUGGUUCUGUUUCUUUGGAUGUGAAUGUCGUAAUAGAAUAUAUAACAAAACAAAUAUUAUCAUUAGAUAUCAUCAAAUCUGCAAUUAGGUAAUCAGAGAUUCCAAUAAGAAAUGUUAUAAUAAAUGCUAUUAGAGUAUUAAUUGAUACAAAUAUUAAAAGAGCAAUCAUUAAAGAUUACAUGGAUUAGUAAAUGAAUUGAGAACUGGUUCAUUGAAUCCAGGAGUACUCUUAGCCUAAUUACCAAAUGUUGCAUUCACUAGAGUAGAAAAUGGAGAAUAUAUUAUCAAUAUAAGAUAAAUAUUUAGUUUUGAAUCUUAGAAAGAGAAGGAAAAGAAAGAUGAUCUUUGA